ACAACAAAAAGGUGUGACAAGAGCUUGGCGGACAACUGUGGAUUUCUGCGAGUAACUCCUACCGUCCAAAGGGGAUGAGGGGGGCAUCGGCCGGACCCCCCUCUUGAUUGAUUACUUAUUAGUCAUCCCUUUGGCUAAAUGGGACCCAUUGAAAAGGCACCGUGGAACACAUACAUGAAUCAAAUAUUCCUGUGUCCCCUGAAUGUCUCCAGAGUAGUUUUGCUUAAGAGAGGGGGUCGUGGCUUAGCAUUAUAAAGAGGGAAAAACAGCAUAGCUUUAUGGGUUUAUUUAGACAGUUUCUACGGUUUGACAUUCUACCGCUGUAAAAAAAAAAAAAAAAAGAGAGAAGGAAAAACUCGAGAAGAUUCCAAAGAGGAGAACAUUGUGGACAUACAUUUUUUUUCUAGUUAUUCCGUUGUUUCUUUUAUUAUUUUUUUUCUUAUUUUAAAUAUUUUUUUGCCAUUUCCUCUCCCGAAAAAUGAAACUUUGGACAUCUCCCUGGGUGUCUUGCCUGGUGAUUCUCAUCUUGUGUUUUGGAUCAGAGUGCGGGACAGUCCGGAGAAAGGGGAGAUCCAAGAGGGAGUUGGUGCGCAUUAGGGAGGCGAAAGCCACCAUCCCAGGGGCUUGUGCCACACGUCUGCCCCGGGGCAAACGGUCUUUGCCCGGCUUGGAGCGACGGGUGCUUCGCCAGCGUCGGCGCUCCUCACAGGCGGAGGAAAACUCUCCAGACCGGGGGAAAGCUGUCUAUUUUACCGGCAGAGGAGAUCAGCUCCGGCUGAAGCCCGGCGUGGAGAUACCCAGAGGAAAUUUCACUCUGGAGAUGUGGAUCAAACCGGAGGGAGGUCAACGAUCACCCACAGUAAUUGCAGGCCUAUACGACAAGUGUUUCUACGCAUCCAGUGACCGAGGCUGGCUGCUUGGAAUCCAGGCAGUUAGUGAACAUGGAAAUCGUGACCCCCGCUUCUUCUUCUCCCUUAAAACAGACCGCGCCCACAAAGUGACCUCCAUCCACUCCAACACUCGCUAUGUACCCAACCAAUGGGCACAUGUGGCAGUCACAUACGAUGGUGUGUAUAUGAAGCUCUUUGUCAAUGGCGCCCAAGUCGGUGUCAGUCGGGAGCAAUCAGGCGAUGUCUUCAGCCAUUUGACCAAAAAGUGCAAAGUGCUGAUGAUAGGGGGGAAUGCACUGAAUCAUAAUUACAGGGGGGCAGUGGAAAGGGUGGGUCUAUGGAGGCAGGCCCAAGGGCAGAGGCAGAUUAUCAGGGAUAUGCAGGGCCAAGAGGACCCCCAAGAUCUACCUCAGCUGGUCAUUCGUGAAACAUUCGAGCACCCAGGCCGGAAGUGGCUGACUGUAAAAGAUGGUAGCUUUCCUCAGCCUGAGCAGGGAGGACGAUUAGGGUUUCCAGGUGGUGGUGGAAUUGGAAAUUCUGAGGGAUUACUGGACACAACGCUAGAGCCUCCGACUUGUGGUCAAACGGUCUGCGACAAUGUUGAGGUCAUCAAAAACUACAACCAGCUUUGGAACUUCCGUCGGCCUAAGAAAGUACGAUAUCGUGUCAUAAAUAUUUGGGACGAUGCACGGAUGAGGCCAACUGUAUCAGACCACCAGAUCAGCCUGCAGCACCAGCAGCUAAAUGAUGCCUUUAGCCCCUACAACAUCACCUGGGAGCUUAGCAUUCACAAUGUGACCAAUUCCUCCCUUCGAAACCGGUUGAUUCUUGCUAACUGUGAUAUCAGCAAAGUUGGAGAUGAUGCAUGUGACCCAGAAUGCAACCAUCCACUGACAGGGUUUGAUGCAGGUGACUGCAUGUCUGGUCAUCGGAGCCGUUGCCCUGAGCACAAGCAGGGGAAUGGUAUAUGUGACCCUGAAUGUAACUGGGAAAACUUCUUCUAUGAUCUUGGCGACUGCUGUAACCCCAAUGUGACGGAUGUGACCAAGACAUGCUUCAACCGCUCUUCUCCACACAAAGCCUAUUUGGAUGUGAAAGAACUGAAAGAGAUUCUGCAUUUGGAUGGCUCAACUCACCUGAAUGUCUUCUUUGCCAAUUCUUCUGAUGAAGAUCUGGCAGGGGUUGCCACUUGGCCCUGGGACAAAGAGGCCCUCACACAUUUGGGUGGAAUUGUACUGAACCCUUCCUUCUAUGGUACAUUUGGUCACACUGACACAAUGGUCCAUGAGAUUGGUCACAGUCUUGGGCUUUACCAUGUAUUUCGUGGUAUAUCAGAGAUCGAGUCGUGCAAUGAUGCAUGUUUGGAGACUGAGCCCUCAAUGGAGACCGGAGAUCUGUGUGAGGACACCAACCCCACUCCCAAAUACAAAGGCUGCCACGAUCCUGAGCCGGGCAAUGAAACCUGUGGCUGUCGGCAUUUCACACACACACCGUUUAACAACUACAUGAGUUAUGCAGAUGAUGCCUGCACAGACUCUUUCACACUGAACCAGGUGGCUAGGAUGCACUGCUACCUGGACCUCAUCUAUCAGACCUGGCAACCUGCCUCCAAACCUCCUCCAGUGCCCAUGGCACCCCAAGUGGUUGAGCAGCAUCAUAAUUCCAUCACCUUAGAAUGGUUUCCACCGAUUUCUGGACACUUCUACGACAGAGAAGUGGGAUCAGUGUGUGAUAAAUGCACUGAGGGGAGAGUUUUACUGCAGUAUGCCUCCAAUUCCUCCUCUCCACGACCGUGUGCCCCUUCUGGACACUGGUCCCCACGAGAGGCUGAAGGCCCUCCAGAUGUGGAGCAGGCUUGUGAGCCAAGUGUGCGCACCUGGAGCCCCAAUGCAGGGAUCGAGCAAGGUGUUGUCGGUCUGUCGGAGUGCCCUCUCCAGGGCUGCAUGCUUCAGCUAGAGUUCCACUACCCGCUCGUACCAGACUCCCUGACUGUGUGGGUCACCUUCUUCAGCCCUGAGGAAACAGCACUGCCAGCAAUCCACAACAUCUUGCUACUGACUGUCAGUGGGAAUAACAUUUCAUUGGGCCCCAGUAAUGUCUUCUGUGACACCCCACUGACUCUUAAGCUGGACAUAGAGGAGGAGGUGUAUGGGGUACAGUUUUUCACUAUGGAACAACACCUAGAGAUUGAUGCCACCCUCUUGGCAUCCAAGGCAGACUGCACACUUUGUAGGCAUUGCCAACCACUACAUUACCGCCUGUUGCGCCAACCACCCUUUACCCAUGCACCACAUGGUCUGAUGUUGAAUGAACCUACCCGCCGAUAUACAGACAGGGAUGUGAUGCCACAUGUUGUGUACACCUACCAGGUCCAAACUAUCUCUGGCCGGAGCGAGAGUGAACCCUCCCCACCUCUAGUGCAUGAAUUGGGGGAACACUACUGUGGUGAUGGACGCAUCCAGAGUUCCAAAGGAGAAGAAUGUGAUGAUAUGAACUCUAUGAAUGGGGACGGCUGCUCCAGUCAGUGCAAGAAAGAGCCCUUCUUCAAUUGUAUUGAGGAGCCAAGCAUGUGUUAUUACUAUGAUGGUGAUGGGGUGUGUGAGGACUUUGAGCGAGAGACAGGCGUGAGAGAUUGUGGCCUCUACACCCCCAAUGGUUUCCUCGACCAGUGGGCCUCCACUGUCGAAGUUUCCCAUGAGAAGAAGCCCUACUGCUCUGGUGAGGUGGCUGCUGGAUACCCUGCUGUUACUAAGACAUGUCAGUCCAAGGUGUUUGAUCUAUCAGAUGGAGUAUCCCAGUAUGCAUGGUUCCCAUGUCGUGAGGCCCAUGUGGCUGCUUGGGGAUAUCCUAACUAUUUUCUCAAGGCCCACUUUUCUCAUCCAAUGGUGGCAGCAGCAGUGAUUAUACAUCUUGCUGCUGAUGGGACUACCUACAUUGACCAGACUCAGUGUAACAUCACUGUUCAGCUGGUGGACACCAAGGAGGGCAUCCAUAGUCUAGGUGAGUGGCGUCUCAGCUGCCGCACAAACCCUUUGGUGAUCCCAGUGAGCCACGACCUGUCAGUGGCGUUUUACCACACAAAGGCUAUCCUGGUCAUGUUUGCCUCGCGCCUUGUGGCCAUCUCCGGCGUAGGCCUGCGCUCCUUCCAGUCCUUCGACCCCAUCACGAUAAGUGGUUGCCAGAGCAAUGAGAUCUACAACCCCACAGGCCAGAGUUGUGUACACUAUUCGUGCGAAGCCAUUGACUGCCAGGAACCCUUAAUCCGCAAUGCAGAGCUCAAGUGCAGUAGCCCUGGCCGCCACUUCUACAAUGGAGACCGCUGCACCAUCUCCUGCAACUCUGGAUACGUCCUGCAAAUCCACCAGGAUGACGACAUCAUAAAGAGCCAGUCGGACUCUUCAGUGACUAUAACCUGUGCAAAUGGGAAGUGGAACAAACAGGUGUCCUGUGAGCCUGUGGACUGUGGUCUACCAGAUAAAUACCAUGUUCAUCCUGCCCAUUUCAAAUUCCCUGAAGGCACUACCUACGGCAAGAAGAGCACCUUUCAGUGUCGAGAACCUGCCCAGCUCGUAGGUACAAACAACACUCUUACCUGCCUAGAAGACGGCCUGUGGUCCUUCCCAGAGGCUCUUUGUGAGCUUCGCUGCCCAGCCCCUCCUCCUGUACCUAAUGCCGUGCUACAGACCAAGCGCUGCAAUGAGACAGGCCUCAAAGUGGGCACACUCUGCAAGUACAAGUGCAAGCCAGGCUACCAUGUCACCAACAAACCUAAGAGGCGCGCAUUUAAGCGCCAAUGCACAGAGGAUGGCAGCUGGCUAGAGGGGGCAUGUGAGCCAGUGACUUGUGAUCCCCCACCUCCCAUCUUCCACGGCUCCUAUCACUGUACCGACGGCUUCCGCUUUGACAGCGUCUGCAGACUCAACUGCUCUGAUCCUGCCGGUAAUACUGCUAUCGCCACCGCAGGAGGCUCUGCCCAUACGGGCGCAGCAUCCAAUGUGAUUCGCUGUAGGAAGGAUGGAAACUGGACAGGGUCAUUCCGCCUAUGCCCACACAGCAAAGGCCAGUGUUCUUUACCUCAAAACCUCCAUUAUAGCCUACAGUACUCAUGCAAGCGAGGACACGGCAUAGGUGAAGAGUGCGAGCUGACAUGCAGAGAGAGUAACAACGAUGUGGUGAUCCUCCCUAGCAACAUGACAGUAGAAAGUGUACUUAAAGAGCACUGGAGGAACCCGCACAAAGUCAAGAGUAUAGUCUGUACAAUGGGGCUGAAAUGGUAUCCACACCCAGAAUUGCUCCACUGCAUCAAAGGAUGUGAGCCAUUCAUGGGAGACAACUACUGUGAUGCGGUCAACAACAGAGCCUUCUGUAACUACGAUGGAGGAGACUGCUGCCAAUCCACUGUCAAGACCAAGAAGGUGAUUCCAUUCCCCAUGUCCUGCGACAUACGGGAUGAGUGCUCCUGUCGGGAUCCCAACGCUAUAGAGAACAGAAAGGAUGAACACGUCCAUUCCCUGGGGUGACCAACCUGAUCAGGGACCUCUGUUCAACGUUCCAGGAUCCUUGCUCCAACACAACACAGCCAGAGUGGCCGAGGCAGACCCCCUCCUUCAUCCUCCUCUCGGCCUCCAAUUUCCUGCACAUGCUGCUUAACGGGCAUACCUCUCCAUCCAUACUGCAACCCCAACCAGCUGAAAUGCCUCCGCCUCCACAUCACAGAAAGUUCUAGAAUAGAGGCUGGGACUCAUGAGACUCCACAGAAAACUUCAUUUGUCAGCUAAAAGGAAAGUAACCCUGCAAUAUCAUCAUUAAAAAAAACAUAUAUAGUAAGGAGAAAAAAAAUUAAUUACAUGAAGCAGAUUUUUUUUUUCUUUGAAAGAAUAAGAAAACAAACAAACAAAAAAACCUAAACAAAAACAUAACCAAGCCUAGGUAGCAUGCCUUUUGUUCAGUUUUGUGCUGGCUUCAGUGUCUAUUUUAGUGACCUUGCUCUACAAUCACAUGAUUGAACCAAAGGUAAAUCAAAAUGUGCAAGUGGGGGAUUGUGUUGAUGUUGGCUCUGUGUUUUGCAAAUAUGAAGGAAAUCAAGACAAAUGUUAAAAAUAAUCCUCAGACACUUUGAAGGCAUGUUAAACACCAUUUUGAAGGGGGUUGAAGUUUGUGCUUAUAUCAUUCCUGGUUUCAGACUGGUCAGACAUUCUGUAUCUCUAUGUCCUUUUCAGUAAAGUUUGUUUCUUCAUAGGCACAUCAGAGGGUAUAGAGGUUAUUCCUAGCUUGGUGGGGAAUGAGACAGCCAUAUUGUUAAGUUUCAAUCCACACAUUCAACACAAAAGCCAAAAUAAAAUGCACAAACACACACAAAAAAUGUCAACUAAUUGUUGACCAACCACAGACACAAUUUCCUAAGACAAUUUUAUACUUAGAGCAAAAAAAAAAACCUGAAUACAUAAUUAAAACAUUUUUAGCAUGGCUUCUGCUACUGUGUUUGCUGCUACUUGCCAUCUUUACGUCAUGAUAUCUAAUAGGGUUAGACAGCUUUGUCUGCCUUGCUGCUUACAGUACCUCUUUAUAGCAUUCAUUCACGCUUGCAUGUUGGUCCAUAAUACUUUUAGAGAAUACAUGUUGACAGCACCACGUAUGAAAUGCACUAAGAACUUUAAAAAAAACCCAGAACCUCACUUGUAAUUCCCGUUUAACCUGCCCAAGAAAAAUACUACAUACAUUGAUCACGACUUAAAGAAUGUCAUCCAUAACACCUCACUUCGGGUUAGGUUGAUUUUAGUUUCAGUUUGAACUCCUCCCUCAUGGCGCUUGAUAAGAACUUUGUUACCUCAAGCACUGAUUUAAAAUGUUUAAACUGAAAGUAAAAUUAUCCCGGCCCUGUUCAGAAUGUAGUCAAUGCUUGUCAGGAGUCUGUGGCUUUUUUGAUCGCACAGUUCUGCAUAGCACAGUCACACAAGAGUACAGAAAUAAAGGGCUGGAUAAAGGCCAUGGCUCUUAGUGAGAAUGAGUAUAGAUGGAAGGAGACCACAUCUGACACACACACACACACACACGCACACAUACACACACACACAUACACACAUGAACAAACGAAUGCAUACACACAUAUCUCUCAUUCUCUCCCCUACCCGGUAGUAUUGGACUUUCAGCUGUAGCUCUGCAGGCAACAACGUUGUGCAUGAAAAUGACAUUUGGAUGUAUAUGUCAACACAGCAUUUGCAGUCACAAUAUGAUCAAAGGUCCCUUAGAUUCUCUACUGGGUCUUGUGUUUAAGUGAUUAAUUUAAUUUUAAUUAAUUUAAUUUGUCUCUGCAGUAAAAAGUGCACUUGGUUGCUCUGAUCAGCACUUUUCAGUAUUGUUAACUUGGGUGUCCGUCCCCACCAAUUAACUUCUGUAGAUUAUAUGGCUGCUACAGUAGCUUUGUAUUUUGUUACUCUUUAUUCCAGACAAACAUACACUAGUUUUUUCUCAUGCACAUUUGAUAAAGAAGGCUGCUUGACAUAUUGGUCCAAACUUUGCUGCUCUUAUUUGGCUGCAACCAUAGUCAUGGUGACAAUCAGCAUGAUUAUGCCUUUUCAUUUCAUUUGGGCUAAUGGCACAGUCCCUCUGACUCAUAUUAGGCUGCUAUAGCAUUCAGAUCAUUCUCAUAAAUCAUUGUACACAACAAAUUGUAAAAGUGGCAAUGUAAGACCAAUUUCAUGUCAUUUUCAAACCAAUGUUAGUGAAGAACUAAGACAAUACCACAACAUGCAGAGAAAGUGAGAAGGUAUUAUUUUCCACCAAAUACAAAGAAAAACCUAAAAAAACAUCAUGUAAAUAUUACUAUAUGUUCUUUAUGGACAGGAGCGUUGAAAAAUGUUUUAGGUUUUUUUGUUUUCAUGUACUUCAUUUUUACAAAAUGUCAUAUUUAAUCAGUGUUUGUAUUAUUGACCUCAGUUACUGCACUUUUAGUUUCCAUGUAAGAAGAAAAAGUAUAUCUUUCAAAAAUGUUUAGAAGCUGCUAUUGUCAGAAUGGUGAUCUGAAACAAACUGUAUGAUAUUAGGUUGUUUGACUCCCUGUGUUGCUAUUAGCUUUCCUGCCAUUUGUUUUAUUUGUAUCUGGCGAUACUCCUCUGGAACCUAUACUGACUUUGCAUUCGAUGUUAUCAAUGAUGUAGGGAGGUAUUGUCACUAUGAACCAUAUAUCCAUCAUCCAUACAGCCCCCCCCCCCAAAAAAAAACAUCAACACACAUCAAUACAUUAGAAAUGGUCACAUGGUCCAUGUUUGUCUUUUGUUUUGCCCCUGAUGUGUGUGUAAUACAUAAUCUUAGUUUAAGGUGUACAUUUUGGCAGACAAACCAAGAGAUGUCAAAGGGGAAGGAAAAGCUUAAAUUAAGGAAUUCCCAUUAAAAAAGGGACUCUUGAAAGACUUUGUAACUUUUAUGAAAUAUGAAACUUUGUAAGGACAUUGUAAAGUCUACAUCAUCUUCAAAGAAGCAUUUAACACUUUAUAUGAAAAAAAAUAUAGCCCUGGUAAAAAAAAGAAGACUUGUAUUAUGUUGAUAUUAUCAAAUUAUACGUAAUAUUAGUACUCCAGAUACUGCUGCUUUACAUAGAACUGUUACCAGUGGGGAGAGACUGACCUGCAAUCACUACAUUAUGCCAAUGACAUGCAGUAAAGUAGUUUAACAUCUGCCAUUGAGGUCACUAAGCCAUUCUAGCCGUUUGAAUGGAUGAAUCCAUCCCUUCAUUCUAUAAACUGAGUUAACAUAACCUGUUGUUGCUUCCACAUACUAACUUAUAACUAUCAUCCUCAACAAUUACUUGUAUCAUGAGUCAAUGUCUGGAUACCAAAACAAACUAUCAGAACGGCUGCAGAAUGUGACAUCAUGUCAACUUGAAAAAUUAUAUUCUUAAUAUUGGAGAAGGUACCCAUAAGCCAUAGCUAACAAAGAUAUUCAUGGAAGGAAGUAUAAGAUUACGCAUUGGAUGAGGACAUCACCUCUCUACUGUAGUCAUCACAGGAUCCCUUGCUGUACCUCAUGCCUGUAAUGUUUGCUGCUUCUAUAUUUUUGGUAUUUUAGUGACAUUUUUGCGUCUCAUAACAAUGGUGUAAAUAGUAGAACUAUUUAUUGAGAGUGUUAUACUUUUUUAAGUUAUAUUUAAUGUCCAUGUAAGUUAUUUUUUACAUUGUUCUUAUAAACAAAAACAUUAUUGGUUGUGAGUCAAAACUGUCAUUUUGUCUUCACACUCUGUUGUGAUCAGUGCUGUCAAGCAUUGAUCAGACAUACAGUACACUUCAGGCCCACAACCACACAAGAACUUGUCUCAUUGGUCAUUAAGUGUAGAUGGACACUGCUUGCAUCCAAUGAGGAUUUACCACAUGUUCAAAUGUUACUGAGUGCAGUGGAACUUUUUGUUUUCCUUUAAAACCAGAAUGUAAAGUUUUAUUUUUUUCUUUAUUUGCUUAUUUUUUUAAAUGCACACAUUAGCCAUACGUAGAAGGAGGUGUGAAAGAGAACCAAGUAUAUAAUGGUCAAGUACAUACAUCCAUAUAGCAAAUAAUGUUUUGAGAGACCAGCGUAAGGCGCAAGGAAUAUAUGUACACAUCCAGCUGAGGGCAGGAGAAAAUGGACAAGUGGCAAAGAGAGGGAUCAGAAAUGAAUGAAAAGAAGGACUGGAGGUCAGAAGGCAGCCGAUGGUGCCCCAGAUAGAGUGUUCUUGGAUCGGGGGAAAAGUAGAAGGUGGGCAGGGAGAGAGGUAGGGAUGGGUGGGCUGCUUUUUCUGGCCUGUCUUGCUAUUUGUCCAGGUGUGAAAAUGUGUACUCACAGAGGCUGCCCCUGGGCCAGGGGUGGCCAGCGCUGACUGGCAACAAGCCGAGGCCAAUGAGUCAGAGUUUCUCCCGGGGGUGGCAGCCAUCCCUCUCUGGGACUCCCACCACCCCCUCCCUCACCCCUCCUACCUCCACCUCCCCAAUCCUCGACACACUGCCUCAUCUGUCACUGUCAGGUAUGCCUGCACAGGGCUGCCAGGGUCAAGCUGGCCCUGUGAAAAUGCGAGAGGAUGUUUGCCCAGCUUACAGAGCCUUUUGAAGUUAGGCUGAAGGAACACAGUUCUCCUCACCUAGCGCCUAUGCUUAUCACAUAAUAUGAUUUGUGUAGCAGUCUUUUUUGACAGGCUUUGAUACCUCUCCACAUUUUCCACCAACAGUUGCUCCUUUGUUUCUAAUUUAACACCUGGUUGUUGUAUUGCUCGUCUAAAAAUGGCAGAAACUUUGUAGUGUCUAACUCAUUACAAAGCGAUGGGGAGAAUAAGAAAGAGUCUCUGAAGCCCUAAUAUUUUUGCUCAGAUCAUUGUGGAGAAAAAUACUGAUGUGCCAUCUUGUUGUAAGACUUUUUCUUUGUGUAUUGUAACACAUAAAGUACCUCUCACAGGCCUCUGGUUAUUGAAUGGUCCACUUAUGUCUAUUUCCUAAUCCCUCAAUAAAUAAAAAAAGGUGAAUUGUCCUUUUUUUCUAAGUGGGAAGUACAAAAAAAGUGUAUUUACAUAUUAUAUGGAUAUCUAGUGGUAUUACUGCAAUGUUUCGUACCCGAUUGCUCAACAAAUAUAUUUUAAGAUGUAAAUAAUAAUAUUAUAUGAUGAUUGUAUUUGCAAACCAUGUACUAACUGUUUGGGAGUAGCUCUUGGAUCGAUUUUUAUCAUAACUAUUAUACAAAGAGAUGAACCGUGAAUAUGUUGUGCAUUGUGUCAAAGUAUCACCUGCAAGACAGAAGAAAGAAAAAAAAAAGACCUGUGAUGCUUUACCACACCACUUGCUGUCAGCAUUUAUUUGUUCAUAAUGGCUUAGUACAAGCACUGUUGUCAGUUGUCUAAACCAUGAAUUUAUCCAUUGAGUCAUAAAUUAUUUAUUUGUUGUCAAGAUGAAUAAAAUCAUAAUGGUCAUUUCUGGUCUUAGGAGUCUGUUUAAAUUGAUCCUCAUAAUCAAACUUGAUUGAUAUUUGUUAUGCAUUUAAAAGUUCAGUUUAAAUUUGUCUGUCACCAACCACCAGCUUUCAUUUUUUUCCUCGCUCCAUACUGUAUAUUGUUGAGUCUUAUCCCAAUGCCUUUGUGUUUGCUGAGAAUUUCACCAACACUGUAAAGGUAGCCAUCAGACUCAGUAGUCCCUCCCUCCCUCUGAUGGCCUCCUCUCUCUUUGGUUCUUACACAGUAUGCACUUUUUCAGGCACAUAUACAACAUAUUGGACUUUUAUGUUUCAGUUGAUGUUUCUCUCUGUUUUCACAGUUGCAAUUAUAUAUAUUUUUGGUGCUCUGGUACAUGGCAAAACAUGUCUGAUGUGUACUAUAUUUUCAUAAGGAAGAGUCAUAAAGAUGAGUAUCAUGUUCAUUUUGCUGUCAUUUAUU